UUUUGUAUCUUUCAUUCUUUCCAUUGCAAAUGAGCUGUACUGAUCUUGAUAAUGAAAGAACGGUGUGGUCCCCUCCUUCACUUUGAAGUGUGAGACCUUUUUUUGGUCAUGUAUAACAUAUUUUGCGACCUGCUCCGGAUGAUAACUGAGUUUGGAGUUACUGUUGCACUGCAUCUAUCCAGACAGAAGAUUCCUGCCACAAGUUAAGUGCUAAUCAAAGUUUCAUGGCACAAAAUUCUAAACCAGAAAAUGAGUGCACUUUACCUUGUUAGAAUAGUCAGAGACAUAGCCUUAUAGAAUAAUUAUGUGACACGUCCGUUUCUGUGCCUUGCUCUCAGAGAAACUGAAACAUGGCUGGUCUCCCAAGCUGUAAGGAAAAGAUAGCAGUGGACCACCAAGGCUAAGGAGUCAUUAAUGAUGAAGUGAAUGGUUGAGAAUUUGAAGAGUGACAAUUUAGUGAAUGUGUUUUUUCCUUUGAUUGGUUGAACAUAAACCAACUAUUUCAUGCUUCGGUUUCACUUUCAUAUGAAAAACAUCAAUAUAGUUAAAACUAUAUAUGUUUUCAUGUGAUUAUAAUUGCAUGGUAGUUAGCAUGACAUGAAAUUCUAGAUAAAAGAAAUCAGUACUUCAGGGGCUGUUGAGAGUUCUUUCUUCUUGGAACUUGAUAAUCUUCUAAACAGUUAAACAAAGAAGAACAUGGAGCCAACAAACCAGAAGUUUUUGGAGAAAGUGGUUUCACAAAGAGCUCUGCAAAUGAGUAGUUCAUUUCCAUGCCAAAUUUGUGUGGUGGGUUUUCUCUGUGGAGUUUGUCUGACUUCUUUGUUCCUGGCUGCUCUUACUUCACUUGGUACUUUUGGGUUUGGUGGGAUUUCAUUUUCAUCCACAUCAAUGGGGAUUUCUCCAAGGAAUUCAAGUUCAGAGACAACCAAUGUUGUUACAAGUAGAGACCGCAAAUUUAAAGUAAAAGAAGGUGAGAGAUUGGUGGAUUCGCGGCGAAGGGAAACAGAGAGCGAUGAUGAGAGAGUUUCUUUACUGACUGAAGCUUGGGGUGCUUUAUUAGCUGAUAGAGAACCUGAAGAAAGUGAGUUCUGGCAAAGAUUUGGACUCAGUAAAUCCAAUGCACCAAACGCCCCUCAUUUGGAGAACUGCAAAUUAAGUGCCCAAUUGAAUAAGCGUCUUGACACACGCAUGGGAGCUGCGAGAUUUCCUCCUUGGACAACUUGGAAGGGUUCAUUAGACAUGUAUCCAGCAAUUGCAGCUAAUGAGAAUAUAAGAAGCUUUAAGAACGAAGCUGAAUCUAGUGGCGCUUAUCCUCCAUGGAUUGUGGGAUCAGACGAAGAAAACUAUCCUCUUACCAGGAAAGUGCAGCGUGACAUUUGGAUCCAUCAGCAUCCAAUAAACUGCCAUGACCCUAACACAAAAUUUCUUGUGGCUGACUGGGAAAAAUUACCUGGCUUUGGCAUUGGUGCCCAGAUUGUUGGUAUGUCUGGGCUUCUUGCUAUUGCAAUCAAUGAGAAAAGGGUGCUUGUUACCAGAUACUACAAUCGUGCUGACCACGAUGGUUGUAAAGAUGCACGCAAUCGUUGGUCUUGCUACUUCUACCUAGAGACAUCCCCGGAAUGCCGAGACCGUGCAUUUGAGCUUAUGCUCAGCAAAGAGGCAUGGGAAAAGGGAAUUAUAAAAGGAAAAGACAAUUAUAAUUCAAAGGAAAUAUGGGUAGGGAAGAUUCCAAGGGUAUGGGGUGAUCCAUGGAGUUAUUUGCAGCCUACAACAGAGAUAAAUGGGAGUUUAAUUGCUUUUCACCAUAAAAUGGAUCGAAGGUGGUGGAGAGCACAGGCUGUUCGCUAUCUAAUGAGAUUUAAAACAGAGUACACUUGUGGCUUAUUUAACAUUGCUCGCCAUGCUGCAUUUGGGAAGGAAGCUGCAAAAAUUGUUCUUGCAAGUAUAGACAGAGAGUGGCCAAAGGUGAGUGUGAACCAGCCAAAGUCAGAUAUUGAAGAAUUUGUGUGGUCAAAUCACAAACCUUGGGUUCCAAGGCCAUUGCUGAGUAUGCAUGUAAGAAUGGGAGACAAGGCAUGUGAAAUGAAAGUGGUUGAAUACGAAGAAUAUAUGGAACUUGCUGCUCGAAUUCAAAAGCGCUUUCCACAUCUCAAGAACAUUUGGCUCUCCACUGAAAUGCAGGAAGUGAUCGAUAAUACAAAAUCAUACCCUCAUUGGAACUUCUAUUACACAAAUGUGACACGCCAAAUAGGUAACAUAUCGAUGGCCAGAUAUGAGGCAAGCCUUGGAAGAAAAAUCAGUACGAACUAUCCUCUUGUUAAUUUCUUGAUGGCAGUGGAAUCAGACUUUUUUAUUGGUGCAUUAGGAUCCACAUGGUGCUUUCUUAUAGAUGGCAUGAGGAACACCGGAGGAAAGGUAAUGGCUGGAUAUUUAAGUGUUAAUAAGGAUAGGUUUUGGUAGUGAAAUCUGAGAACCAAAGAUUGGAUAGGCAUGUAGAUUAGAUCUAAAGAAAUUUAUUUGGUUUAUAUAUGCUUUUCCACAUAAUUUUGUGGCUUUUUGUACGUAUCUAAAUGCACCAAGAUUACUUAUGAAACAUGUAGAUGUAGUGGCAAUGGAUAAAACCAAAAUGUGAAGUGAAGAUUUUGAACCAAAAUUAGGAAAUUCAUAGCCUUAACUGGACCUGUAAUUUUAAACAUGAUAUAA